AUGGCCAGCAGGGCUCCACAUCGUCCAGUGUCUCUGGCACAGUCCAUGCACAAUGAUGCAUUGGACGGCGCCAUUACCUUUGAUGAGGCAAUCUCUCACACUGAUGGCCUCAAACUUGUUCGCUUGGAGAAGCCCAUCGUUGUACACAAAGAGCCGGGUUGCAUCACGGUCGGAGAUCUCCCGGCCAAGGAUGAGAUCACAGAUGAGGUGAAGAAAAAGGUGCAGUUCCUCGAUGUACUCAUGAACUGGGAGGGUGUCUUGGACUUCAAGAAGAUCGAAGAGUUGUUUUUCCAACAACGCUACAGUGAUCUCCCACAUCCUAUCCGUAUGAACGGUCGAACCGAAACGCCCUACGACAUGCAGGUUUUCAUCGUUUCCAAAGGAGAAAACAAGUGGGAUAUCGUCAAGCAUGUUAAGUUCGCUGAAGGGUCAAAAGUGCUGCACAACACUAUCCGCAGCAUGUGCACAGGGAGGGCCCUCGAGAUUGACUACUGCAAGCAGUACCGAGAGGGUGGUCGUGCUCUGCAAUAUCUUCUCGAGGCCAUGGGCGGUUUCCAGGUCCGUUACCAAAAGCUGAUUCCAGCUGGUAGCUCCACCAAACCGACGAAAGAGACAGAGGACAUUCGGAAGGGGUUUGCCUUCAUCCGUGAAGCAGGGCCGGAAGAGAACAGUGACGGUCAAUUCACUUCGUGGACUGAAGAGCAGGUGAAUGAUCCCAAUGGGCCGCUUUUCAAAUGGGACAAAGGAACCAUCAAGGAGUUCCUGCGCUGCCUUGCUGAUAAAGGCUCGCAGGCAAACACUAUCCAAGAUUGGCCCCUCACCCUGAAGAGCUUUACCCCGUGGGCCCUCAACACAGUCUUCGCACCCAUCUUGCCUCGCAUCCUGGAGCACGCAGUCAUUUUGAUUGGCAAGUCGGAGGUCGGCAAGAGCCCGACGGCCUACUCCUUGGCGAACUUGGCUUCUGUAUUCUGGCUCCUUCAGAAGGGUCGUGAAAAUGAGAAGCCAUCAUUCCAAAGCUGCAACCACUUGGACUAUUUCCGAAAGGAGAGAGGCCGUACGACAAAGCCACGAGUCUUCGACGAUGGCAAUUUCAAUUUGGAGUCUCCGGCCUCGGUCAAAGCUGUCACAGAAGUGACGGGCUUUGACAGGAAAACUAUGGCCCGCUGGAACGCUUCCUCGUACGAAAAGAACCAGCUUUUCGUCGUCUGCUCCAACCCCUACGACCGAUCAGCUGAGCCCGCCUUGCCACCCCAGACAAACAGCGAUACGGUGUCCUUCGAAGUCUUUUACAAGCUUGUCAGGCCCUCUUUCCACAAGGACUUUGACGAGGAAGACUUGAUGGGUGUCUUCAAACGCUCGGUCAUGAUUGUCUUCACCGACAUCGGCAUCUAUGUUCGCUCGCCCGGCACACACCGCGACCCCAUCAAGCGCGUAGCCUGGCCUGACAAAGAUUUUGGGGUAGUCUCUCUCACAGCAAGGCCUACACUGUCCGCUUACCUGAAGGGCCACCUGCAACACCUCCCAGCAAAUCAUGCGGAGGACAUGCAGUGGAAUUUGAAUCUUCUUCAGGCGGCCCUCGACGGAGAAGAAGUGCCCCUCUGCUACACGGUGACCGGCAAAGAACUCAACACCGGGAAGAAGUACCUCAAUGAGGUCCGCCCUGAUUUGGCAGGGAUUUCUGGCAGUACCAAACACUACUUCGAGGACACCCCUGAGUCAUCUCAACCACCCACGAAGAAGCUCCGGUCUGUGAAAUCGUCCAGCUCCCUGCUCGCGUCUUCCAACGCUGCACCACCAACCACAGCCGAAGCGUCGUCCAUGGCAAAGGAAAAGGUGCAUGUGAAGCAAGAACCCACGGACGCCUUGCAGAAGUCCAUCGCCUUCAAGAAGAAACUCGGCAACCGCACUUUGCAAAUCAAUCUCUCCAGCUCAUCAGAGAAGGAAGACACAAAGAGCACACAUCGGACAGGAACUUCUGCAGUGGACUUCACGAGUGAUGAGAUGGAUGUUGCCUCCAACGCUUCUCAAGAGGACCCAAUGAAGAAUAUCCCGGACGACAAGGAUCUUGAAGCAGAGAACCUUGGCAGGAACUGUUUGACAAGAACUCUUGUCAUCAUGCCCAAGGCGGUCAUGAAAGCCAUGAAGGCAAAGCCUCCUUUCCCUGCUCCCAAGCGAGGAAAGCAUCGCGUCCAGAGACGCCCCGCUUCCAAGAACUAUGUUCCCGUGCCAUAUGUCCGCCACGGCAUCUUAUCGGCCAAAAACAAAGGGUUUCGCCAGCGAUGGGGAGAGUCCAUACAGCACCUCAUGUCACUGAAAGGCCGCCGCCUGAUCACACACCUACAGAAGGAUAACAUCUUGCCCAGCUGGCAGGGUCGCCAGUGCCCUCGCUGCGCAAAAGGCAUUCUCGGGACACUCAACUAUGUCAGGGCUAAGAAGAUUUGGGCCUACCGAUGCAAUCACAAGCACUGCCACAAGUUCUUGCAGCCGCACGACUACCAUCCCGUCUUCUUCAUGUCUGCUGGGAACUCGUCUACGUCGCUUGGCAAACAAGCUGCAGCGCUGUAUUGUGCAACAGCCAAUGUCCCCUGCCAGUCUACGCACUUGAUCCUUGACAUGGACCACAAGCCCGUGGAGCGGAUCUACACCAACCUAGACGUCGCCCGUGCUCAAUACGUCGUCCAGUCGGAGAAGCAGAUCACCUACGGUGGCAAUUGGGAGGACGUAGAGGUGGAUGAAGUCGAUCUUGGCAAGCUCACGGACGAGUCCUUAGGCCCACGCAACACGAAGUGGGAACAGUGGGGCGGACUAGUUCAGAGAGGCUGUCCGUCGUCGUUGUGCUCGUUUCGCUUGAACCCAAAGCUCACCACAAAGCGGGCGCCGGGCCCUGGCCCAAUCAAGAAGGUGGACUGGGCUGUUAUUGCCAAAAAACACCUCGCCAACCGCAAGGUGGUUUUGCAAAGCGACGGUGCCCGUGCCUACGCUCUCAAGAUCCCGCAAGUGAAGCAUUGCAACAUCGUCCACAAGAAAAAGAAGGUUACCGUCAACGGGAAGGCACAGUGGGUCAAGCCCCACUACACGAAGGUCUACACCAUCAAGCUUCCAGACCGCGGACGGCUGAAGGUGAAAAGCGGGACGCAAGUCAUUGACCGUAGCCAGCAACUCGUCCGGAAGAUCCGGUCGGCCCAGUUUACGUACUGGAACCGCAGCUCGAACAUGUGGAAGGCCACAGGUCGAAUGAUCCACUCUCUCUUUCACACCAACUGA